AUGGGCAAGGGCUUCGCCAUCACCAACCAGAAGGUGUCCAUCUCAAUAGGACUGCAGGGUCGCAUCCAUGGCUACACAGAGUUGACGAUCGUCCCGACGGCGGCGGACCUCCGCACGGUCUGGUUGCAUGCCCGCUCGCUCUCCAUCCUUUCGUGCUCCCUCCGCCUACCGACCGUCGUCCCGCUCGCCUUCUCGCACCUCCCACCCUCCAUGCCGGCCCUGACGCAGCCCGAAAACAUCCACACCUACCCGGAGAUGAAGCGGCAGAUCUGGCGCGCUGAGAACGAGGGCGAGGAGGGAGAGUUGGGAAUUGCGAUCCCGCAGGGGUGUAUCGUCAGGACGAGUAUUGGGAUGGGAAGGACGCCGAGUACGGCGCCGACGCCGGCUAAGGACGGACUGCUCCCCAGGACGGACGAGUUUGAGCCGUUCACGGUCGCGGUCGAGUACGAGGUUACCAAGCCUGGGAUCGGGCUUGUCGUUGUCGGGCCAGACGAGGCGAACCCUUCCCGCUUCCCCCACGUCUUCACCUCGUCCAUCUCCGACAUCGGCGCACGCACCUGGGUCCCCUGCUCCGACUCGCCACGAGAACGCUGUUCCUGGGACCUCGAGCUCGUCGUACCUCGCGUCCUCGCCUCUGCCCCGCCCGACAAGCGGAAACGAGACGGACCUGUACCGGCGGAGGACGGCGCGAACGGGACCACGGCCGAGGAGGACGAGGAGGACGAGGACGAAGAGGACGAGGAAGUCGAUGCCGAGUACCCCAUCUCGGUCAUCGCAUCGGGCGAACUCGUCGAACAGGUCGUCCACCCCGACCGGUCCGACCGCGUCAUCUGGCACUUUGUCCAGGUCUCGCCCGUCAGCGUCCAGCAGGUCGGGUGGGCUGUCGGACCGUUCGUCGUCACGGAGGUGCGGGGGACGAAGAAGCGUGCGGACGGCGAGUCGCGAGAGGACGACGAGGAUGAGGAUGGCGCGGCGGUGCAGGAUGAUGGGCCGGCGAUUCAUGCGCUGUGCUUGCCCGGCAGGGAGAGCGAGAUGGAGUACUCGGUCGGCGUCAUCCGGCAAGCGAUGGAGUUCUACACGGCGACGUUCGGCUCGUACCCCUUCGUAACCUACGCCGUCGCCUUCGUCGACUCGCUCGCCUCCGCCUCGCCGACCUUCCACUCCGCCGGCCUGACGAUCCUCUCGUCCGACAUCCUCCACCCGCCAAGUGUCAUCGACCAAGCGUACGAGACGCGCCACCUCCUCGCACACGCCCUCGCAGUCCAGUGGUCCGGCGUUAACCUCAUCCCGCGCACGCCGUCCGACAGCUGGCUCAUCAUCGGCAUCGCCCUCCACAUGACGAGUCACUUCGUUCGUCACCUCUGGGGCAACAACGAGUUCCGCUUCCGGCUCAAGAAGGACAUCAAUCGCUGCGUCGAGCAAGACAUCCAGUUCGAGCCGAUCUGCGUCCCGGCGCGCUUGACCCUCCCCGAACCGAACCAGAUGCAGUUCAUCGCGCUCAAGGCCCCGCUCGUCCUGCACAUCCUCGACAAGCACCUCCGCAAGAGCGGCACGAGUCUCGGCCUCGACAAGGUCUUUCCCAAGAUCUUCCUCGACGCCAUUUCGGGCGAACUCACGUCGCAGGCCAACUCGCUCUCGACUACGUCGUUCAUGCGCACGUGUCGCAAGCUGUGCGGCGGGUCGUCCGAGGCGCUCAAGAUCUUCUUCGACCAGUGGGUCUACGGCUCGGGCUGCCCGACGUUCGAGGUGACGGCCAACUUCAACCGCAAGAAGAUGGCUGUCGAGCUCAACGUCACGCAGCGGUGUUACGCGUACGCGUGGAGCCAGAAGGCGCCGUGUGAGGCUCAAGGGCAUCUUCGACCAAUCCCGCUCUUCGACGGCCAGAUGACGAUCCGUAUCCACGAAGCCGACGGGACGCCGUACGAGCACGUCUUGACGAUCCAGGACUCGUUCAAGCGCCACGAGGUCCCGUUCAACACCAAGUACAAGCGUGUGCGGCGAAACACGAAGCGGUAUCAGGCUCGACAGGCUGCCGCGACCGCCGCUGCGCUCGGCGACAUCGAGGCGCAAGAGGACAUGGGGCUGAUCGACCUCGGGUUCAGUCUCGGUAUGUGGGAGGACGAGAAGGAGCGAGAGCGGUGGCGCGUUGCAGACUGGACGGAGGAGGACGACCUCGUCAUGAGCCAGGCGACGUACGAGUGGAUCCGCAUCGACGCCGACAUUGAGUGGAUCUGCAUCGUCAAGUUCACCCAGCCCGACUUUAUGUGGAUCUCCCAACUCCAGCGCGACAGGGAUGUCGUCGCCCAACUCGAGGCCAUCCACGCCCUCUCGAGCAUCCCCUCGCCGAUCGUCUCGAGCAAUAUGUGCAAGACGGUGCUCGUCUCGAACUACUUCUUCCGCAUCCGAAUGGAGGCCGCUCUGGCGCUCAUCUCGUGCGCGACGCUCGAGCAGCAGUACCUCGGCCUCUUCCACCUCUUCAAGACGUUCCAGACCUGGUACUGCUUCGAACCGGACGUCGAGACGAAGGACCCAUUUGGCUUCCGCUGCAUCCCCAAGACGAACGACUUCUCCGACUUCACCCUCUACUUCAUGAAGAAGGCGCUCGUCACCGCCAUCUCGAUGAUCCGCGACGAGCGAGGACAGACGCCGCCCGUCAUUCAGCAGUUCCUCGUGGACCUCCUCGCCUACAACGACAAUCUCGGGAACAAGUACUCGGACGCGUUCUACAUCACGAGCGUCAUGAAUGCCCUCUCGCACACGCUCGUCAAUGUCGUCCCUCGAGACUUGAAUGGCGACACCGACCAGAUCGCCGAGGUCGACAGCAACGAGAACCUCGCGCCCGCUGUUCAGGAGGUUGAGCGGUAUCUCGCUUCCGACCGACUCGUGCCGAGCUACCAUAAUGCGGUCACCAUCGCCGGCAUUGAGUUCAAGCUCAAGCUCACGCUCGCCUCGCUCAUUCCGGAAGACCGCAUGUUCUUCUUCAACUACACUCGCGACGGCAACUACCCUCCCCUCCGCAUCGCCGCUUUCGACGCCCUCCUCCUCCUCAACCCGCUGCAAGACGUCAUGGCGCUCGUGCGGUAUCUCUUCGCCGUCAUGCGGGACGACUCGUCACGUCUCGUGCAGCGACGGCUGGCGGAGAGCGUCCUUGAGUCGCUGCCGGUCCUCGUCGCGAUCCACGACCUCGCCGCCCCAGACCCCAACGCGGAUCCAGCCGGCGACGCCAAGAAGGAGCGCGACGAGCUUGCGAACGUCCUCAAGAUGCUGCGCAAGAAGCCCGGAAGGUCCAUGAACUACCGGACAAGCCUCUUGCAAACGCUCACCUCGCCCGACGUCGACCCCGAGGUCCGCCUGUGCUGCCUCAAGAUCUGCGAGGCGACCGUUCGCCCUGAAGGCGAGCCGAUCCCGAAGAUGCGCUUCCGCCUUCCUCCUACUCCUGCUCCUGCGCCCGUCCCCGAGGCGCCGCCCACGCCAGUGCAGACGUUCCCGAAGCUCAAGCUCGGCGGGCCGGCUACGCCCAAGGUCGCUAUCCCCCCGCGCAUCGACGAGUACACGCCCGUCGGCGCCUUCGACGAGUUCGCCCAGCCUUAUCAGCCUUACCAGGAACCCAUCCCUCCGCCUCCGCCUCCCGUCAUCAAGCCGCCGAAGAAGCCGAAGGACAAGGUGGUCAAGCCGCCAAAGCCUCAGGCGUCGCAGGCGUCGGGAAUGCCUCUCGCGGACGUGACGGCGUGCAAGAGCCUGCUCAAGAAGCUGCUCAAGGACAAGAAGUCGUUCAUCUUCCGCGCUCCAGUCGACCCGGUCAAGGCUGGUGCGCUCGACUACUUCGACAAGAUCAAGAAUCCGAUGGACAUCGGUACAAUGAGCGCAAAGCUGUCCGCCGGCGUCUACCCAGAUCGCUACGCCUUCCGGGACGACUUCAAGCUCAUCAUCAGCAACGCCAAGCUGUACAACGGCGCCUUCUCGCCAAUCGGAGAGCUCGCCAACGACCUCGACAUGAUGUUCGACAAGCACUGGGAGCGCGUCGAGGCAACGCUGAGCAGGCUCGAGGGCGGCCAGCCCAGCUAUGCCGCUGCGCCCGAACUCGCGAGGCUACCGAAGAUCCCGAAGCAUGCGAUCCCUCCGCCGCCACCUCCACCCCUGGACGGCUACUACGGCUCGCCUGCGCCUGCUCCUCACGCCCCGACGCCCAUCAUCAGUCUGAAGCUCAAGGCUCCCGCACCUCCUCCUCCACCUCCGCCUCUCCCCGCCGCGGCAGAUGCCAGCGCUCCUGCUCCCGCCGCUACUCCCGCCCAAUCGCCUCCUCCGCCUGCGCAGCCGCAAGCGCAGGCAACCCCGGCUCCCAUACUCGCCUCUCCCGCCUUGCCUCCCCUUCCCUCCGGCCCGCCGUCCGCUUCCCCGGCUGGUACGCCCGCACCUCCUCCUGUGCCGAAACCGACGUUCAAGAUCAAGCUCGGCGGCGCAUCGAUCAAGGACGCAACACCCAAGCCUCCAAAGGCGGCGUCUUUCUCGCCCGAGGUCUCGUACAGCCCCGCCUCGACGACCUAUCCCGACUCUUACGACCCCGCCCUCGCCGGCAUCGGUCCGCCGAAGCAGAAGAAGCAGCGCGACGUCAAGCUGGAGAAGAAGAAGGCCAAGGGCCCGAUCAACUAUGCCGAGCCGCCCGACCUCGACUUUGACGACGCCGACUCGACCGUGCCCGUCAACCCGACCCCUGUCGCGUUCGCGGUCCCGCAGCGUCCCGAAGUGCUAGACACGCCGCGCCCGCCGUACCCGACCAAGUGGGUCGACCCCGAAGGUCCGGUCGACAUCGCCAAGGCGAGGAAUGUGCUCAGCAAAAUCCGCAGCUUGCGCGAGGCCUUCUUCUUCCAGUACCCGGUCGAGCCUGUCGGACCGCUCGCGACGUACUACGACGAGAUCGAGCAGCCGAUGGACCUCGACACGAUGUCGAAGAAGCUCGACGCCGGCGCCUACCCGAAUUACUCGGCCCUCUUCUCCGACUUUGACCUGAUCGUCGCCAACUGCGAAAAGUUCAACACGCCCAACACCGAGCCGAUCUGGCACGUCCUCCUGCUCGACCGGGCAUGGCGCACCGAGUGGGAGAAGGCGAACAAGCUCAGCUACAACACGAAGCGGAGCCUUGGCGCGUUCCUCAAGAAGCUCAUGGAGGACGGAUCCGCCCUCCCUUUCAAUGUCCCGAUUGCGGACCUCGCCGUGCAGGUCCCGAACUACCACGACUACAUUCCGAAGGAGGACGGCCGCGACCUGCAGGAUCUCAAGCGCAAGCUCGAGACGGACCAGUACAACUCGAUCGAGGCGCUCGAGGCCGACUUUGACCUGAUGGUGCGCAACUGCUACCGGUUCAACGGGAUGGAGAGCCAGGUGUCGUUCUCGGCGCGUGAGCUCGACGGCAAGUUCAAGGCCGGCAUCAAGCGCAUCAAGACCGACUCGCUCAAGCAGAACAAGCGCGCCGGCUCGUCGGGCGUCGGCGGCGUCAGCAAGAAGCAGCGGAUCUGA